GUUACUAAAAAGCUCCAGAAGUUCUCGUUAUCUGUUGAAGAAUCUGGGGGUGUCGAAAUACAGCGCAAAGACAUUGUGUCGAGUGAGGAGGAAUGUGUGAAUAGUUUGUUUGGGAAAGUGAUUGGUAACCGCAAGGCCUCACUUCUGGGGGUCAAGCGAGCUAUGAGUGCAAUUUGGCGUCUUCACCAAAGAUUAGAGGUUCGUGAACUGGAAACAAAUUUUUUUCAAUUCAUCUUCUCCUCGGAAGAUGAUAGGAAAAGGGUUAUGGCGGGGCAUAGUUGGCUAUUAGAGAAUCAAUAUCUGGUUUUAAGAGAAUGGCGGAGGGGAUUAACCAGCAGACAUCGAAGUUUCGACCAAGUGAACUUGUGGGUGCAUGUUCUAAAUGUCCCUUUUAACUGGAUGAGCAGUGAGGUUGGGCUGAAAAUAGGGGAGGUGUUUGAGGGGGUAAAGAAUGUCACUAUCUGCAGAUUAGGAGGGGACGAGGGCAACUUCAUUAAGCUAUUGGCAACCAUCAAUACGAAGGAGCCAUUGCCUCGAUGUACAGUGGUGAAGCUCGAAGAUCAGCAGACGAUGGUUCAAUUCAAAUAUGAACGCUUAGUAAAUCUGUGCUACUACUGUGGGUGCAUUGGCCAUCUUGAUAAAAAUUGUGAAACUCGGCUGAUGGAUAUUGAAAACAGAAGUCUGCAAGAAGGGCAAUUUGGGGACUGGCUUAAAGCUGCUGUUUUCAUCUAUGGGAACAGACAUUCGGUUAAUAGUGGCUCAGAACCUAAAGAGAGUUCUCCUGCUCCAAACCCUAAAAUGGAUACCAGUGCUGCAGCUAGUACCUCGAGGCAUCCACCACAUUCUGAGAAAGGGGAGAAUAGAGAAGGUGGCUCUUCUGUUCAUAAAGCUCUUAGUACUAAAGAGGGUGGUCAAUCUCUGGAGUUGGUGAUGGUGUCUCCUUUGGGUGAGGAAGAGGAGAUUGCUGAAGUGGAGAUCAGGAAAGAGGGUGAUGAGAAGAGGGAUAUCAUGGUGAUAGAAGAAGCUAAUUCACCAUUGAUAGAUGUUGGAGUUGAAGCUGAAGUGCUGCUGGCUGAUAGUAGGAGAACAUGGAGAAGAGCUGCAGCUAAAGCUGGUAGACUAUUGAGAAGUCCGGUGAUUGAAGGGAAUUCCAUAUCUUUUAGUGGCUGGAAAAGGGAGAGAAAUAAGGAGCAAGAUCUUCAAGUGAAGAGCAAAGGUCGCCUUUUAUUGAUGUGGGAUCAGGAGGUUGAAAUCAGAAAGCUUGAAGGAAAUGAAUUCUGUAUUCAGGUGGAAGUCAGGGGCCCUGGUAUGAGUGAAUGGUGUUGGUUGGUCUUUGUGUAUAUCAGCACUGACAGAAAUAUGAGGAGUAUGCAAUGGGAGAUUUUGCUGGAUAGGAAGGUGGAUUGGGGGAGCUGUUGGGCAAUUGCAGGGGAUUGGAAUGAAAUUGUGAGCAAUGAGGAGAAAAGGGGUGGGCUUGUAAGAUCACAUAACAGUUUCUUACCCUUUAGAGAUUUUAUAGUGGACAUGGAAAUGCAAGAACAAGAUCAGAAGGGAGCAUUCUUUACUUGGGGGAAUAACAGGAGAGGGGAUGGCUAUGUGGAGGAGCGGUUGGAUAAAGUCUUUACAUCUCAGGAGUGGUUGUUGAAAUUCCCUAAGAUGGAGGUGUCUAACUUUUUCAGAAGUGCAUCUGACCAUAAUGUAAUCCUGUAUGACACUGAAAUGGAACUGCAAUCAUCUAGAAGGAGAUUUGUUUUUGAUAGAAACUGGUUGAAGAUGGAGGGUAUUGAAGAAGCUGUGGCCAAAGGAUGGGAAAUGGAUAGUGAGGGUUCUGAAAUGUUUAAAAUUCAUCAGAAAGUGAAACAUACUAAAAAGGCAAUCUUAUCCUGGUACAACCCGGUGAAGAGGAACAAUGAAAAACUGAUCCAAACCCUUACAGCCAAAAUGGAAAAAUUGAGAGAAGAGGGCAGGGAGAAGGAUUGGGUUACAUGGUGCUCCACAAAAUGUGAUCUUGAUAAGGCAUACAUGGAGGAAGAACAAUAUUGGAGGGCAAAGUCUAGGGCUCUAUGGCUUAAAGUUGGCGACAAAAAUACUCGUUUUUUUCAUGCCUUUGCUGCUCAGAGGAGAAAGAGAAAUUCUGUUUUGAGGCUUGUGUCUGGAACAGGUGAGGUGAUUACUGAACCGAAGAAGUUAGAGGAACACAUUGUUAACUACUACUCUUCUCUUUUCAAAUCUGAAGGAUCUAAUAGGGGGGAUGAGCUACUCAAUCAUAUUCCUCAGACUUUUGUUGGUCAAAAAGUGAAUCUCCAUAAAUCUUCCAUGUUCUUGAGCAAAAAUUGUUCAGUUGAAUUGAAAGAAAAGAUUUGUUCUAUUCUACCAGGGGUGAUUGUGAAGAGGUCUUCUAGGUAUUUAGGGCUCCCCCUGGGGAUUGGGGCAUCAAAGAUUGAAGCUUUUCAGUUUGUAGUGGAUGCUGUCAGGAAUAGAAUUUGCAGUUGGAAGAAUCAGUUUUU